AUGGAGCUGGUGUCGGCCUCUGAGCCGUCGUGGGUGAGGGCCGAGGUGUGGGAGGAAGUGCCACCAUUCUCAGGAAAGGAAGACGGGCAAUUCAGCUCACUACAGCCUUGUGAAUUUGACAUCAACCCUAAUCCCAAACUUUCCAGGCCACUGAAGAGCCAGACCGGAGGGGCUGCCAAGGCCCGGGGACAGCUGGCACUGAAAAAGAGAGGCAAGAUUGUCUUGCUGGCUUUUGAGUUUCCAAAGAAGCCCCUGGCCUGGACACCCAUGCCAGGGCACCACCACCUGAGUCCACCGGAUGUUGUAGCUGCAGCCAGCCGAGAGGAAGAAGAUCGGGAGACUGGUCACUGCCUCCCGCACCUGAGGGCCCACAGGUGUCGGCAGGAGAUCACCGUGCCUCCUGCACCUCCGUCUGAAGGUCUGGAGAGCUCCCCGGAGCUGGGGCUGCCGGCCAACAGCCAACACCAGGAUAGCCAGGAAUGUGGGAGUCACUGGCUGCAGAGACUCAACCUGGGGAAGGCCUCCUUGGUCACCUGGUCCCGGUACCAGCCUCCCCGUGACCACAGAGUGACCCGUCUAAAGCCCACAGUUCAUCCGCACAGCAAGCACAGGCAGCAAGUGGCUCCUGCAUCAAGCAAGGACUGUCAGGAGGGAGGGAGCUCCAUGCAGAAAGACAUCGGCAUUGGCAGGGCCCUCUGCGCCUACGUGGUGCACAGGAAUGUGACCUGUGUCCUACAGGAGGGAGCAGAGAGCUACAUAAAGGCUGAGUACCGGCAGUGUGGAUGGGGGCCCAAGUGCCCCGGGACAGUCACGUACCGCACAGUGCUCAGACCCAAAUACAAGGUCGGCUACAAGAAGGUGACAGAACUCUCCUGGCGUUGCUGCCCUGGGCUCACUGGAGAAGGCUGCCCUGAGCACCUCACAGACCACGGGGCCGCCCCACCCCAGUCGGAGCCUGAGCCCCAGAUUCCCUCCGGGCAGCUGAGCCCAGGCCCCAGGCCCCCUCCUAGCAGAGCCACCCCCAGCCCUUACGGAAGAAAAGGCCUGGGGUUGUUUGGUGAGCGGCUGGAACGCCUGGAGGGUGAUGUCCAGCGCCUGGCACAAGCAUAUGGUACCCUCAGCGGCCUGGUGGCCAGCCACGAGGACCCCAACAGGAUGACUGGUGGCCCCAGAGCUCCCGAUCCCCAGGUGGGCUUUGGAGGCCUCCCCGAGGGGUUUGUGAACCCUGGAGACAGAGCUGGGAGGCCACUCACACCUCCUCUGGAUGAGAUCUUGAGCAAGGUGACAGAGGUGAGCAACACACUGCGGACCAAGGUGCAGCUGCUGGAUGAGGUGCAUGGGCUGGCCCUCGGCCACGAGGCCCGCCUGCAGCAGCUUCGGGAGGCGCCCCCAUCUCCGCUCACCUCCCUGGCCCUGUUGGACGAAUAUGUGGACCGACGGCUGCAUCAACUCUGGGGGAGCCUGCUGGAUGGCUUCGAGCAGAAGCUGCAAGGCGUCCAGAGCACAUGCGACCUGCGGGUGCAGGAGGUGCGGCAGCAGUGCGAGGAAGGUCAGGCGGCCAGCCUGCGGCUGCACCAGAGCCUGGAUGGCCGGGAGCUGGCCCUGCGCCGAGAGCUCUCACAGCUGGGCACCCGGCUGCAGGGCCUGAGCGUGGCCGGUAGGGGCAGCUGCUGCAGCCAGCUGGCCUUGGUCAGCGCCCGCAUGGACAGCCUCGAGAGCAACCUGCAGGCCGUCACCGAGGUCCAAAGGGGCCAUGGCCCCAGCACCAGGGAUGAGCUCACCCGGCUCUCUGCUGCCAUGCUCGAGGGGGGUGUGGAUGGAUUUCUUGAGGGCCUGGAGACCCUCAACGGGACAGAGAGUGGAGGGAGGGGCUGCUGUCAGGGGGUAAAGGAGGGGGGAGGCCGCGGGGGCGGUUUCAGGACCCUGCUGGAAGAGCGUGUGCACAGCCUGGAGGAGCGCCUGCUGACACUGGCUGGGGAGCUAAGCCGUGACAGUACCCCGCCAGGCAGGCCGGCAGGGCCCCUGGUGCAGACAGAACUCGCUGUGCUGGAACAACGGCUGGUUUCGCUGGAGACCUCAUGUACCCCCAGCACCACCUCAGCUGUUCUGAACAACCUCGUGGCAGAGGUGAAGGCCUGGCAGAGCCAGAUUGAGGUCCUCCUCCGCCAGGUGGCCAGCCACACAGCCUUACUCCAGCAGCUCAAUGGCACUGUGGCCGAGGUCCAGGGGCAGCUGGCAGAAGCCACGGGCAGCUCACUCCAGGGCGAGAUCACCCUGCUCAAGGUCAAUCUGAACUCCGUGAGCAAGUCACUCACAGGCCUCAGCGACUCCGUCAGCCAGUACUCCGAUGCCUUCUUAGCCACCAACACCUCCCUGGAUGAGCGGGAACGCAAGGUGGAGGCCGAGGUCCACGCCAUCCAGGAGCAGGUCAGCAGCCAAGGCUCACGGCUUCGAGCUGGCCACAGGCAGGUCCUGAGCCUGCGGGGGGAGCUGGAGCAACUCAAGGCCGGUGUGGCCGAUGUGGCUGGCGGGCUGAGCCGCUGCCAGGACACAGCCCAGGAACUCCAGCUGGCAGUGGGCCAUUUCGAUCAGAGGGUGGCCCAAGUGGAGGGUGUGUGUGGGAAGCUGGGCCCGAUGGCUGCAGACCUGAACAGCUUGCCCACUGAUUCACUCAGGCCCAGGGAGGGCCUCUGGGGCCAUGUGGAUCAACUGAAUCGCACGCUGGCCCAGCACGCGCAGGACAUCGCCCGCCUCCGGGAUGACCUGCUAGAUUGCCAAGCCCAGCUGGCUGAGCAGGGGCGGCCAGGGCGGGCCAACUAGGCAGGCUGGACAGGACCCAACACCCAGAUCCUACCAACCCUGGGGCCAUCACCCCAGAGCCCAGACCAUGCUUCCCAGCCUCCCUUGGCCAUUGCAGAGGCCAUUUUAGAGGCUACUGAAGGAACAGUCUUGGUCCAGCUCCACGUGACUGUCUCAGACAUCAACACCCAUGCUCACUGCCGCACCAACUGGACAGUUCAGGAUAGUGGUCAAGGCGAGUACAACAUGCCUGCAGGCAAGGGUGCACCUAGGAGACCUCACAAUCCAGUUUGCCACUUGCCCUUCUGCAGACAUGAGUUGGCAUCUGGGCAAAGACUGCAGGUCCAUCCUCAGACAGUGGCCUGUCCACAUCUCCCUUUGCCCACGGGCAGUAGGCCCGAGCCCAUGGAGGCUCCUGGUUCCUUUGUCCCCUUAGCUUCUCUCCUCUGUCAUCUGCAGGAAGGUGCUGCCCAUUGGCACUGUCCUCACACCUGGCAGCUUCACAGAUGCUAUUUCUGAACCAAGGACCAGAGGCUUCCACCACCACAGGUCCUUCCGGGCAGAACAGAAGCACAGACUCAGGCACGAGUUCUCUUUAUUCCUUUUGACCCUCCCACAGGUGAGGGCUUAGGGAGCUGUCGCUUCCCAGAGGACAGGAUUGGGCCCAGGUGGUCUGUUUGGAGAUCCCGUGCAAUUUAUGCGCUUCCUUCUCUUCCCCAAAGAUGUUUUCAGGCACUCUGGGCCCCACAUAGUCCCCUCCUUUUCGUGUGUGGGGGGAAAUCUUUAGGGCCACUCUCAUGUAUGUCAUGGCCUGAAUGAGGCCAAGCCCUGGGCAGAAGGCCAUGGCUGGAGGGAGAGGGCUCCAGCCCUAGUUUCCAGAAUCCUUGCAAACCCAGCCCCGCCUGGAUGUUCAUGAAGUCAUGAGGAAUUCAGGUAGAACAUGACCGAGGAACAAUCUGAAAAUACAAGCGUUCAUCUGGCCUGCACAAUUCCCAGAGACCCUGAUGCCUGUCUGCUGAGGCGCCUGGCCUCAGUUUCCCCACGGCAUCAGGGGCCCUCCUGUGCUGUUUUGCAGGUUCCAGUAGCCCUGCCUUCCGGCUUCUCGACAUUUGGAAUUCUGCCCUCUACUUGGUGCUGUUGGGGGAGGGUGGGCCUGGAUUAAAGCUUUUAGCCUUUCUAAA